AUGAGCCAAGAAGAUUUUUAUUCUACGUCUCCGCGAAGAAGGCGUUCUGGCUUUCAUGGAGUACGAGUUCAUAUGUUGCCUACUGAACCUGCCGAAUUAAAACGUAAUAGUAGCGCCUAUGAUUCCAGCCAAACAAAUGGAAAUGUAGAUGAAGAUGCACAGAUAGAUAAUGAAUAUACACGUAUGAAGCCACAUUCCAGCUUUGAGGCCGAUGAAGAUUUCAAGUUCAAACGCCGGAAGAGUAAAAAUGGUGCAUUAGGUGAGCGGUUAGAUUCUCUACAGAACAUGCAAAAUGCAAAAUGGAUGGAUAAUUUUAACAGCUCAAUGCAACAUCCACAGCUUCCUCCACCUGUUAAUGAGUAUGUUCAGCCUCCCCCUCCUCAAUAUAUGCCCUAUAUGUAUUAUUAUCCUAUGCCAGCGCUGGCUCCCCAUCACAUGCUGCCUACAACUGCCUCUCCUCAAAAGCAGGCUAACAACCUUCCCUCAUCCAUGCAAGGAUAUCCUAAUACUUCCACGCAGCCCUUUUACCCUCACCGGAGUAGCAGUCAAUUGAUGCCACCACCACCACAGAUGUAUCCAGGAUAUUAUGCCCAGGAAGCGAGAAACCCUGGGUAUUCAAGGGAGCGCAGAAGAACUAUAAUGGCUCAGCGCGGUCGCCGUCUUUCUAUGCUAUCGUUACAAGGUGAAGAAAAUGUAGAUGUAAUGAAGUCUGAAGUUAUUUCGCCUCAUAAAGACGUCCCAGAGUCGGAUUUCUACCGACACAUUGCUAACACUUCAUUUGGCCGUGGAUUACAAAUACGACAACUAUUUAUUUGGUGUCUAAUUAGAUGCCUGAGGAAAUUGGAGACACAGGAUGAACAUAUCACGGCGAAUGAAAACAACUCAACAUAUAUUAAUCCUAGAAGAAUUAGAAUGGUGAUACUGAGAGAGUUUGUACAGGACCUUAGAAAGGGAAAAAUUGAUGUUGACUGGGAUUGCAAUAACAUCGUUGAAGAAGAGCAAUACCGCGAUGACACUGAGGAUACUGUGUUACGCGAAUUAUUUGAUGACGAUAAUGAAGAUAAGGAGCCAGGUGCUCGCCGUACUGCGAAGAGGAAAUUAAAACUAGUUAAGAUCCCCAAUGAAAAGAACAUUCAGAACCUAGAGAACGUUCGUAUUCUAGAGGAAAAGAUAUCAAAACUGAAGUCUGAAAUUCAGCGAUGGUCAACUGUUCUUGAUGAUAAUACAUAUCAGACAAACUGGGAGGCUCUGCGAAAGCCGACGCAAGUCCCCACGGAGCCAGGAAGGUUUAAUUUACCGCCUGUACCGAAGAUUGAAGAUGUGAAGCUCGGUUUUUCAAGGCGCAUUGACACGUUGUAUGGCUCUGCACACCUCUUGCACUCACACGCAAGACUACUAAAUAAAACGAUUCAAAUAAAAUCAGGAGCAGUCUCCCGGACAUUAACAAAGAAAACCAUCCCCAAAAAACCCACGGAAACUAAGCAAUUCACUAGAAAGCUCCUACUUAGUCUCAGCAAACUAAUGGCUUCAAAUGAUCAACAGCAUUCUUAG